UGUAUGUUUUUCUUUGUGUUUAGCCAGGUUUUUCAUUCGAAUACACAUAUUGGCCAUGAUGACAUGAAACUUGGUUUUGAAUUCAUUGAGGAUGAAGAUUGGGAAGAGGGUGAUGAUUGCGGACAAUUCGAGUUCGGAUGCGGUAAAGAUAAAAUAGUUAUGAAAGCCGAUUGGGUCGAUGUUGGUCAUAAGCUCUAUGGAAUGAUUUCUCACGAGCUAUGCCACAGGUCUGAACAUUUUCCAAAUAAAUUGUUUUGUAAUUGA